AUGAGUUCAAGGACUGUAGGGUAAAGACUAGCAAACUUAGGCCAUGCAGGAGUUCUGUUUGUGUUUCAUGGCAGCUUUGAAGGGACGGCUUGGGCAGAGCCCUGCUCAUCAGCCCCAGACUUGCGUGCUCAAAAAGAGAGCCGUAUGUACGUGAGGAUGAAAUAAGAGUUGCUGGAGUCGAUGCGUGCUCCGGGGGAGGCAGACGGCUCAGGAGACGGGAUGACUCAAUAUGUGAGAGUUUAAGUGGCCUGUUGCAUCUGACCCAUCUACAAGCAGCCUUAUCAGAUGCGUCUUACUGCUGCACUGAUGGCCAGAUACGUCGGUGGCAGGAGUGAAGCAGAAGUGAGUGUGGGAUGCGGAGCGGUGGCUUCCCGGGAGCGGAACUAGCUGGAUGUUCUCAGAGUGUUGCACCGAGGCUGAAGAUACCUGCUGCGCUGGUGAUGUUCAGCCCAUCCUCUGCUGUGAACCCGUGCACCUCCCCACGGGUGCCCCAGACCGCCCCCAUGGACCUGCGAAUCGGGCAGCGCGUCGUCAAGCCCAGCUCUGACACCACUCUGCUGGCCCUGAAGCACACGCAGCAGCUGCAGCACCAGCUCUUCCUCGCCAGCCUGCACCAGCAGCAAGUGGAGCAGCUCGCCCACCAGCACGUGAGGGUGACCAUGGAGUCCCCGCACCGUGAAGCUGAGCCUGGGCAACAGGAGCAGGAGCUGCGGCAGAUCCUCAACAAGGACAAGAGCAAACGAAGUGCUGUGGCCAGCACAGUGGUGAAGCAGAAGCUGGCUGAGGUCAUCCUGAAGAAGCAGCAGGCAGCUUUGGAGAGGACCAGCAACCCCAACCCUUCAGCCAUGCCGUACAGGUCUCUGGAGCCUCUGGAUCCUGAGGGCCCUUCCCCCCCUGUGCUCAGCACCUUCCUGCCCCCCGUCCCCAGCACUUCUCUUGACCCCCCAGAGCAUUUUCCGCUGCGGAAGACAGCGUCUGAGCCCAACCUGAAGGUGCGUUGCAAGCCCAGGAAGUGCCUUGACCGACGCAAGAACCCCCUGACGCGGAAGGAGAGCGCUCCCCCCUCGCUGAAGAGGCGGCCGCCCGAGGCCAUUGACUCGUCCCCGAGCAGUAGCAGCACCCCCGUGUCCGGCUGCAGCUCUCCCAACGACAGCCUGCCCGCUGAGCACGGAGCCCUCCCCGCUGCCUCCGGCAUGGCCCACGAGACGCCCCUGGCCCAGCGCCUGAUGAUGCAGGAGAGCUCACUGGCCCAGUUUGCCCUGCAGAGUGCAGCCUCCCUUCCAGCCAUCACGCUGGGAUUGCCAGCUACCACUAGCACCAGGGGAGAGGCAGAUCGCCGCCCCCUCUCCAGCCUGGCGCACCGGGUGCCCGUGCUGAACGGACCUGUCCUCGCCAGCACGCACUCGCCCAUGUUCAUACCGGCUGGCUUGGAGCAGCACGAGGCUGGGAGCCCCUUAUCCCCUCGGCUCCAGCCCGUCAUCAUCCUCGAGCCCUCGGUCACCCACACUCCGCUGGUGGCAGUGCCAGGUCUGGGAACGGUCCCCUUCUCCUUCGCCCCCUCGCUCAUCUCUGCCGAGCGCCUCUCGCUCCCAGGCCACCAUAAACCGCUGGGCAGGACCCGCUCGGAGCCCCUGCCCCAGAACCCCAAAGCCAUCCAGCAGCAACUGGUGUACCAGCAGCACCACGCUCAGUUCCUGGAGAGACUGAAGCAGCAGACGCAUCUGGGCAAGCGCAUGGCCAAAUCCAGCGAGAAGCCCCGUCUGCGGCAGAUCCCCUCCUCGGAGGACAUGGAGGCCGAGGGGACGCUCCCAGAAACCGGAGCUGAGAGCAGCGACGCGGCAAGGGCACGUGUGGAGCCCGCCCGGCCGGGGAGCGGCGUGAAGGAGCCCGAGAGGACGCAGAAGAUGAUGCAGCCUCAAGAGGAGCUUGUCCUACAGCAGGCUUAUCUCUGGGAUUCCUACCAGCGUGCACAGCAGCAGCUCCUCAAGAGACAGCCCUUGGCCGACUCCCCCAUGGUCCCCACCAUCCAUGCGGGGCACAGGCCCCUCUCCAGGGCCCAGUCAUCUCCUGCCACCGCGACAGUCUCCCUGCCUGCCCAGGAUACGGCCUCCAAGACGCUCUCCCUGCCUGUGCAGGAGCAGCCAGCCAAGCCACACUUCACAACAGGACUGGUUUACGACUCGGUGAUGCUCAAACACCAGUGCUCCUGCGGCGACAACAGCAACCACCCGGAGCACGCGGGCAGGAUCCAGAGCAUCUGGUCCCGGCUGCAGGAGAGAGGGCUGCGCAGCCAGUGCGAGUGCCUGCGGGGACGCAAGGCCACCCUGGAAGAGCUGCAGUGUGUCCAUACGGAGCGCCACGUCUUCCUCUACGGCACCAAUCCCCUCAACCGCCUGAAACUGGACAACGGGAAGCUGGCAGGGAUCCUGUCUCAGCGGAUGUUCGUCAUGCUGCCCUGCGGAGGGGUGGGGGUGGACAGCGAUACCAUCUGGAACGAGCUGCAUUCCUCCAACGCUGCCCGCUGGGCCGCGGGCAGCGUCACCGAGCUGGCCUUCAAGGUGGCCACCCGGGAGCUGAAGAACGGCUUCGCUGUGGUGCGACCACCCGGACAUCACGCGGAUCCUUCCACCGCCAUGGGAUUCUGCUUCUUUAACUCGGUGGCCAUUGCUGCCAGGCAGCUGCAGCAGAAAGGGAAACUCAGCAAGAUCCUCAUCGUGGACUGGGAUGUUCACCACGGCAAUGGGACUCAGCAGAUCUUCUACAGAGACCCCGACGUUCUCUACAUCUCUUUGCAUCGUCACGACGACGGCAACUUCUUCCCCGGUAGUGGGGCUGCUGAUGAGGUUGGUGCUGGCCCCGGCGAGGGAUUUAACGUCAACAUAGCCUGGACUGGAGGGCUCGACCCCCCCAUGGGUGACCCUGAGUAUCUAGCUGCUUUCAGGACGGUGGUGAUGCCGAUUGCGCACGAAUUCUCCCCCGACGUGGUGCUGGUGUCGGCCGGCUUCGAUGCAGCUGAUGGCCACCCAGCCCCCCUGGGCGGCUACAAAGUCUCUGCUAAAUGCUUUGGCUACAUGACGAAGCAGCUGAUGAGCCUGGCUGGCGGAGCCGUCGUCCUCGCGCUAGAAGGUGGCCAUGACCUCACGGCCAUCUGCGACGCAUCCGAGGCCUGCGUGUCUGCUUUGCUGGGCAACGAGCUGGACCCUCUCCCGGAAGAAAGCAUGAGGCAGAAGCCAAACCCCAACGCUGUGCGCUCCUUGGAGACGGUGAUCCAGGUCCAGAGUAAAUAUUGGGUGGGCUUGCAGCGCUUUGCCUCCAAGCUGGGCUGCUCCUUCCUGGAGGCGCAGCACCACGAGGCAGAAGAGGUGGAGACAGUCACAGCCUUGGCCUCGCUCUCGGUGGCCGUGAUGGUGGAGAAGAGGCCACAAGACGAGCCGAUGGAGGAAGAGGAGCCCAUGAACCAGUGAUGAGCGGUGACGUUCUCUGCUCCCCUGCUUCCAGGAUGUGGCUGGACUCCCCUGAGCCCAGCGCUCGCUCCUCACUCCUGGCCUUCCCGUUUGCCACAUCAUCCUCGCUCCCCGAGUCACGGUCCUGACGUGGCCCGGACCUUCGGCUGCCGCCUCCGCAGGUCUCCCAGUAAGGAUGCUCCUGCAGCCACCUGGAAGACGUCCUCCUGCUCGGGACCGAUGGAAACCCACAAACUCCCUCUGCACGGCGCGGCCUUGCGAACCUAGACCGUGCCUGCGAGCAGUCCCCAACCUCCGGGACCUGAAACCCCCCUUUGGGGGUUGUGCUUGAGAGGCCUCCACCCCUCUGGGCACGGUGGCAGCCGGGCGCAGACCUGCCCUUCUCCUGGGAUCUUCCUCACCCUUGGGGAAGGGGGUGGGUGUUGGGAUGGAUGUUGUGGCCGUUGCUGCGGGUGGGUAGAGCCACCUUGGGGACUGCGCCCAGAGCUCCUCUCCGGCCAGGCAGCCCUGCCUUUGAGAAGCAACCCUGCGUUUUGCUCGGGAGGGACAGGCUCUCCGCGUCUUCUCGCGAAGGCUUCCCGGCUCCCUUUCCUCUGGUGGGGCGCGAGGCGGGAGCGAGUGUGACAGUGACACGGGGGCCGAGCUCGUCCUGCACGAGGAAGGGUUUGGAGCCGUGGAUGAGGCGCCGAUGCCCCGCGGCUGGGGAAGAGCAGGGGCUGGAGUGUCUGCAGUGCCCAGGAUUGCACCCGUGGGUCAUCCUAACCACUAACCAGAGCGUGAACCCUCUGGUGCCGGGGCUCUGAUUUGCACUAUAUACAAUUGACGUGUGCUAAUGUGAA